AUGUCAACUUUUCCAAAUUCUACAGUAGUUCAUCCAACAGUGUUGUUGAGUGUUGUAGAUCACUAUAACCGUGUAGCUAAAGACACAAAUAAACGUGUUGUCGGUGCUUUACUCGGUGCAAACAACAAAGGUGUCAUAGAUAUUUCGAAUUGCUAUGGUGUACCAUUCGAAGAAGACGAUGCCAACCCAAACAUUUGGUUCUUAGAUCACAAUUUCCAUGAGAAUAUGUUUGCAAUGUUUAAAAAGAUUAAUGCUCGUGAGAAUGUUGUUGGUUGGUAUAGUACUGGUCCAAAGAUUAGACCAUCCGAUCAGGAUAUCAAUGAACUCUUUAGAAGAUACACACCCAAUCCAGUAUUGGUUAUUAUAGAUGUAGCACCAAAAGAGUUGGGUAUCCCAACCAAAUCCUAUGUCACCGUUGAAGAAGUUAACAAAGAAACAUCAGAGUCAACAAUGAGAUUCCAACAUAUCCCAUCAUCUAUUGAUGCCGUCGAGGCAGAGGAAAUCUGUAUUGAACAUUUACUUCGUGAUGUCAAGGAUAGUUCCAUCUCAUCGCUCACCAAUCAAAUCGUAGACAAGAAGAUCUCUUUGAAACAUCUAGCCAAUAACUUGCAAGAAAUGACAACCUAUUUAGAUUAUGUAGUUGCAGAAAAGUUACCAUUAAAUCAACAAAUCAUUGGAUUCAUUCAAGAUAUCAUUAAUCUUUCACCCAAUUUGAAUGUAGGAGAGUUGGCAAAGUCGUUCUCUGUGGAAAUGAAUGACACUGUAUCUGUAAUCUAUAUAUCAUCUUUGAUUCGUUCGAUCAUUGCUCUACAUAACUUGAUUUUAAAUAAGAUUGAGAAUCGUGAUGCCGAAAAGAAGGCCGACCAAAUAGCUAAUCAACCUGCACCAUCAUCAAAGGAUACCGCCACCACCACCACAACCGAUUCAAAAGAUAAGCCAAAAGAAAACUCUAAAUAA